CCAGGAGACCCACAACGAACAGUUCGACGGAUUCGAACGAGGCGACAAUAUUAAUUCCAACGACUAGAAAAUUGUGCAAUGGUGGUUACGUGAUUGGACAGUGUUUUUUAAAAGUAAUGGAUGAUACAAAAUUGCUCAACAUAGUUCUUCUAGCGAUUGUCUGCCACACAGUAUCAACGACGCCUAUUUCCUUCCCAGACGGUUCCCGCUCGGGGACCGGAGACACUCGUGAAACGUCAUCAUCACUACGGCAGGAGGAAUUCGAGGGUCGCAGCAUUCGUGGUGGCUACAGUCAGGACAAGCGUCCCGACUACAGCCGCUACAGCGUCUACGAGCAUCCCGAAAAUGACUACUACACGACCAGAUCGACGCUUCGACCAUACGGCAGCACGACCACGGUGAGACCAUACAGUCGACAACCGAAUGCUUACUUCAAUCGACUCCCGCCGCCGAAAAACGAUGAACCAAUCGAGGCCGAACCUGAAGAUGACUACGAUGAUAGUGAUGAUGAUGAUGGCGACGAUGAUCAAGGAGUUUCGGACGUUUUACCUUCGAAGCCUACAUCAGGUACUAGCGGCGAUUACGGUAACUAUGGCAGUAAACCGAUUUCGUUCAAUAAUCUGUUUUAUAACGUCAACGACAAAUUUGCGGGUUUUGGAAAUCUUUUCGGAGAAAAUCGACGCAAACACAAGUUUAAAUUCAAACGCAGAAAACCCGGCCAGCCUUGUAUACCCUAUGAUCUCUUUAAUAAACUAAAGUAUGGUCGCGACGCCAACGGAAAUCGUGUUGACCCGAAAACACUGAUUAAUCCACUGAAUCUGGUACUCGCAGAUAUUAAUUACUAUUCACCUUCUAACAACUAUAAUGGCCAUGGUGACAGCGGCUCCUCCGACAGUGGAGCAGUGUUCAACAAUAAUUUUUACGACGCCGUUGGAGGAUAUCCAUGCUCAGGUGUUAAUUAUGGACAAAAACCAUUCGGACAUAAACCAUUUGGGAAUAAACCCCACGGAGGUCCAUUAGGCUUUUUUGGACAAGGGGGAUUAUUCGACUGGACCAGUUCCUCAGCGUCAGUACAGAGUGAUACUCCAGAGGGAGGAGCAGCAUCGCCGAACAGACCAACGGUUGUGUUCAAUCUAAAUGAUGCUAUUGAUUCAGUGGCAACGAAUUGGAGACCCGGCCAAAGCUUCCAGAUGGUUAUGAAGGUAUUGGGCGAUUUCAUCGCAACUGUUGCCGGUGGCAGUCCAGUUGCUGCUGGUGAAAUCGUUGAAGAUACUGUUGACACCGUGAGAAAGGUGAACAAGGAGUUUGUUAGUUUGUUUACUGCGAUUGCCAGUUCCAGCAAAGUAUCCUGGCCAGCAUUGGAAAUAACGUCAGCAGAUUUUUUCGAUCCACUGAUGGCUUCGUUUUCCAAAUUUCCCUUCCACGAUAUUUACGAAACCCCAUCGAAUAUGGAUGUGCUGUUGCAAAACAAACAUAAGCCAGUUUCGAAAUCAUUCCGAGAGUGGUCAUCCCAGGUGCAGGAAAUUAUCGACGAUGACGGUCCAGUGGGAAAAUCUCGACUCUGUAAACUUCUCUCGAUGAUUCCUCUGGGUCGCGAUGAAAAGUUAACCGGAAGAAGGAGACUCGUGCCGAUUAAGUUGAGGAGGCUGCUGAAAUAUUGCAGAUCGUAG